AUGAAGACCUCAGUGGCUUUGUUGACUUUCUUCCUCUUCUGCGUUGCUGUGGCUGAGGUCCAGCAGCCAGUUCACAACGUAAGAGUGAGAAAGAGAUCGAUCUCUCAAGGGAGCGAGAAAACCAAUUGCCAGCUAAUCCUCAUCUUAAGAGAACUGGAAGCCAAACUGAGAAACACUGAGAAACAACUGGAGGAUCUGAGGGCAGAGGUCCGAGGUACGCGGGUGGCAUUUGGAGCAUAUAUCGGCAAUGUUGGAAAUAUUGGACCAUUCAACACAGAGAUCACACUGACCUACAAGAACGUCUACUCAAACACAGGCUCCUAUAACCCUGCAACAGGUAUUUUCACUGCUCCAGUCAGAGGAGUCUAUUACUUCAGCUUCUCUGGCCAUAAUAUAUCAAGUAGACCCAUGGGACUGCGACUGAUGAAGAAUGGAGAGCAGAUGGUUACUGUUUACAACCAUGCAGCUGGAAACCGUCACGAGACCGCAACCAAUGGCAUGACUUUACAGCUUGAAGUGGGAGACCAGGUGUACAUGAGACUCCGGGCAAACACCUGGAUUUUUGAUAAUCACAAUCACCACAGCACCUUCAUUGGCCAUUUGUUAUUCCCUCUGUGAGUGACAAAGUUAAUAAGCAAAAAAAGACUUGUAGGUGGUGAUAAUGUUAAGAACC